UUCAAACAGGCGACCGGAUGACCGAGAGGUCCGAAUUAAGGCAGUGAAAGCGGAGAGGUGGAGAUCGAGAGCCACAUUUGUCAGCCCGAAUCGCUCCCCGUGUGGCCCCCUCCUCGUGCGAUGAUUGUCUCAGCCCCGAGCCGCCACCACCACCACCACAACCACCUCCACUUGCAGCACCACCACUUGCACCACCACCACCACCAUCUACAUCUCUUCCACCUCCUCCUGCUCGCGCCUCCGCUGCAAUCUGCAUCAGCUGCUGCCGCUGCGGGCUCCCCUCGGCUCCUCCGCGCUUAAUGCGAACCCGAGAGCCGAUCUCCCACGUCCCGGUCCGCCUCCACAAACUUACUUUGCAGCCGCUCCUCCACCUCCUCCUCCACCACCGUCUCCUCGUCCACCUCGCACCCUCUUCAUUCUCUCCCGGCCGCUCAUCCAACUUCAUCGCUGCUGCCCGCCCCGCGUCCUCUUCGCUCGCCCGUUUCCUCAGCCGCUUCCUCCUCUUCUUCUCGGCCCUGCUCAUUGUCAUCCGUCUGCUCCUUCCUCAUCCUCGUCGCCCGCUCCUCCAGCAACUCCUCGGCUGAUUCCCUUCCACCCCCUCUUUCCUCCUCCAGACGUCCCAGCAGCUCGUCAUCGUCAUCAUCAUCAUCAUCCUACUCGCCCGUCCCUUCCUCAAGCUCCUCCUCAACGUCAUCAUCGUCGUCGUCAGCCCGUCCCAACAUCUCCCCAUCCUCCUCAUCCGUCCAUCCCAUCACCUCAUCUACAUCAGCAUCCUCAUCCCUUACACACUCCUCCUCCUCGCCCGUGCGUUCAUCCAGCCCACCAUCACCAUCCUCCUCCUAAAUCAUCAUCAUCAUCAUCGUCGUCCUCCUCCUCGUUCUGUAGCUCAUCCUCACCUCGUCGCAGCAGCAGCAGCGGCAGCGUGCGGCAACCCGGACGAGGCUCGCUACCUCCGCCGUUGCCGCUGUCCGCGCCGGCGCUGCUGCUGCGCUGUGCAGGGAUGCUCAGGAUAUUCCCGGAGCACGGCUUGCGCAGCCCGGCAGGAGAGCGGCAGCAGCAGGAGGAGGAGGAGGGCCCGGACGACGCCGCGCCACGGCGGACAACGGCGGCGGAGGGGUCCUCCUCUCAGGGCGUGAGAGUCGAGCCCGGAGGAGCCGUGGUGGUGGGGCCAGGGGGAGCCUCCUCGGGGUUGCCCUCCUACCAGCAGCGGCUGCAGGCGCUGCGCAAGGAGAAGUCUCGCGAUGCGGCUCGCUCGCGCCGCGGCAAGGAGAAUCUGGAGUUCUACGAGCUGGGGAAGAUGCUGCCGCUCCCGGGCGCCAUCACGGGCCAGCUGGACAAAGCGUCGCUCGUGCGCCUCACCAUCAGCCACCUCCGCAUGCGCGACUUCGCGGCGCACGGGGACCCCCCCUGGGAGCCGAGCCGCGAGUGCUCACACCCCGGCACCACCGCUAAAGGCAUGGGCAAUCAGUGUGGACAAAUCCCAAAAGAGCUUGCGACGGAGGUGUUUGAGGAGCACCUGGGCAGCCAGAUACUGCAGUCAUUGGACGGAUUUGUUUUCACGCUCAACUUUGACGGGAGGUUUCUGUACAUAUCUGAGACCGUCUCCAUCUACCUGGGCCUAUCUCAGGUGGAGAUGGCUGGCAGCAGCGCAUUUGAGUACGUGCACCCCGCGGACCGCGGGGAGCUGGCGGAGCAGCUGGGCAUGAAGCUGCCGUCUGGGCCCGGCACCCCCUCGCAGAGCGCCCUGGGGGCCGCGGAGGACGCGGCCAGCACGGCCUCCUCCUCCUCGCAGGCCGACGGCCUCGACCCAGAGCUGAGCAGUCCGCCUCUGAUCAAUGUGAGCGAAGGGUUGGAUCGCUCCUUCUUCAUCCGCAUGAAAUCCACGCUCACGAAGCGCGGCCUGCACGUCAAGUCGUCUGGCUACAAGGUGAUCCACGUGGUGGGGCGGCUGAGGGUUCGAGCGGCCUCCUCCUCGGCCGGCGGGACCUCGUUGGGGCCGGCGGGGGUCGAUGGCGGCGGCGGCGGCGGCGCCUCGGUCCAGCUCCUGGGCCUGGUGGCCCUGGCGCACGCGCUACCGCCUCCCACCCUGAGCGAGAUUCGCAUCGACUGCCACAUGUUCGUGACGCGCGUCUCCCUCGACCUGCGCAUCCUCUACUGCGAGAACAGAGUGAGCGACUAUCUAGACUUCGCCGCGGAGGAGCUGGUGGGGAAGAGCUGCUACCACUUCAUUCACCCGGGGGACGUGGAGGGCAUUCGGCUGAGCCACCUCGACUUGCUCAACAAGGGCCAGUGCGUGACGCGCUACGUACGCUGGCUGCAGAAGGGCGGCGGCUACGUGUGGGUGCAGUCGAGCGCCACCGUCAACAUCAACACCAAGAACGCCAACGAGAAGACCGUCAUCUGGAUCAGCUACAUCCUCAGUAACACGGAGGACAAGGACCUGCUGAUGGACCUGCAGCAGCUGCCGCACCACGCGCGGCAGCCGUCCGAAUCGGCAGAGCCCUCCGAGUCCGACUCCGACUCCAAAGACAACUCAGACGAGCAUGAAUCCAUGCAUCCGCACAAGCGGCAGAGAAGACAGAGGGAGGAGGACGAGGAGUGGACGAGCCCCCUGUGCCGCAGCCGGUGCCUGGUGGACCCCAUCAUGACCCAGGGCGAGAGCAGCGGCGCCAGCAGCCAGGGAGAGGACAACGAAGAGGACGACGAUGACGAGAAGAACGGGAGAACUUUGGACGGCUCGGACCACGAGGUGGAGAACGGUCACGCGGACGGAUACGCGUUGGGCCUGAGCUCCUCCAGCAUCAAAGUGGAGCAGCUCAGCAUGAAGUUCUCGGCCGGCGGGCCCACAAAAGGCCUUCAUGACAAGAUGUGCUCAGGUCGCCUGAACGGAAACGACCGGAGCCACCCAGAGCAGUCUUCCGCAAAACCGCUCAAGCAGAGGAAACCCAAACGGCGCAAGAGCAAGCGCCUGCUGCAGCAGAUGCAGUGCAGCCCGGCCGAGUCGGUCGCUUACGCAUCGUCCCCCAGCCUCUCUUCCCCACACGGGCAGAUAAAGACCGAGAAGCCGGAGCACGUACAUUUCAUCGACGGCAGCGUUUGGGACAGCCCUCUGAACCGAGACAUGGCGAGGAACGACCUUCCGUACUGCAUCGUGAGCCCCUCGCCCGACGCCCAGCAGCACUUCCUGUCGGCGCAGACGAGCCUCCACGUGGCCAUCCCAGACUCGGUGCUCACGCCGCCCGGCCCGGACAGCGCCACCAGCCAGCGCUCCGCCUUCGUGGCGUCGCCGCAGCCCGGCGCCGCCUCCGUGACGCUUGCCGGCUCCGACCCGCUCUCCCCACCGCUCUCGGCCUCCCCGAGGGAGGGCAAGCCGGGGCCGGCGCCGUCCAACGUCAGCCCCGCCGCCGCGUACGACGUCAGCCCCGCCGCCACGUACGACAUGGAGAGCCUCGAGCUCCCCCAGGACGCCUCCUCCACCGCCGCCGCCGCCGGCAUCGCGGCUGCGGCGGCCACCGAGGGCCCCGGCGCACCGUCGCGGGGUGCGUACGCCGGCGGCACCAUCCGGUACGCGCCGGCCGACCCGACGCUGGGCGCCGUCGAGGAGGGCGAGGACUCGGACUCGCAGAGCGACGGGCCGACGGGCGACCGGCUGCCCGACAUCGGCGAUGCCAACUACGGCGGCUUCGAGGCCAAGGCGUCGAUGGAGAUCCUGUACCAGCGCAUGCAGCAGAUCGGAGUGCCUACCUCCUUCCCGUCCGUGUCGCCCGGAGGCGGCGGGCAGCAGCACCUGCCGGCCGUGUUCGUGACAUCAGACGGUUACCUGGCGAACAUCCCGCUGCAGCUGUUCAGCAGUGGCGGCGCGCAGCAGUCGAAUGCGCUGGACGACGAGGAGGACUAGGGGAGGGGUGGGCGCGGAGCGGCGUACACGUGGCGGGAGUGUUUACAAGCUUUUGUUAUGAGAGGGGCCCGUAUGCUGAAUACAGUUGAAGCAAAUAUAUUUUACUCUAAAUGAUGUGUUACAUGGCAGAAAAAAUUAAGUCAAACUUUCCUGGUUAUUGCAUAGGUCCAUUAACAUGUGAAACGUUUAGAUGGCCAGUAUAUUUUCGAUAUGAGAUGAGUUUUAUGCUGUUUUAAAUGCCGGUGGCAAUUUUUAAAGGAAAUUCAACUCUAUAUAUAUAGUAUUUGUGUUCAAAAUGGCACUUAUAUUCCCACAGGUCAAAUUACCUAAUUACAAACUCGUUAUCAUAUUUGUCCUCACUGUGUCAGAGGCCUUACACAUUCUCUGUGUUCAGGAAGUCCUACCUGGCUCUGGUUCUCACGUUGGACCAGUUGCAGCGUUGCACAUUGACAGAAUCAAAUAGCGUUCGACGGCUGCACCCGAGUUAAUGCUCUUUGCACACGAACACCAACAUGUCAGCCUGACAGGCACGGCCACAGUUCUGCGUUUGUUAGUCCAGACGCUCUGCAUCACAAGCAAAUAGAAUGCUGCUCAUAGGGCACAUAUAAACCAAGCUCUGCGAUUGCCGCAUUGCAUUUCAAGCUGGGAGCGGCGUGGGGGGGUGAACAGUGUUUGGUCUUGCUACCGUAUUCUCUCCUCCCGGCUCGGCAGGAGGGAUGUGCUGUGAGCUCAAGCCUGCCAAGAGACUGAUCCCAAAUCCCGAAAAUAUCCGGGAGUAUUCGCCCUCCCGAUGACGCACGACGGACUGGCUUUUCGCGAAGCCCUUUCUUCCCACGGCGGCUUGACAAAAACUAAACCACAAGAACAACAAAAAACUAUUUCUCGGAACACCUCUGCAGCCACUGUGACUAAUACGCCCAUGUGCAAUGUGUGUGCCGUGUUACGGAGUCGCGGGAUCUAGCACAAGUCUGUCGCGUUAGCUUAUUGCCGUUUGAAUAUUUGUGUGUGCCCACUCUUUUUAUUGAACGUCGCGUCGCGCACCGCCGAUGUGUGCCCGUGUCUCGUGUCACCUGCGUACCCUUACGGUGUUUACCAUGUCCGUGCUGUCCGCUUAUAGCCGUCAUCUCAUCCUUUAGUUAAUUGCCGGUGGUUUUGUUAGGAGAACCGUUGCUGCGUCGAGUCUGUGUGCGUGUACACGAAAUCUCGCGGUAGAGAUUUGAAUCUCGCGGUAGAGAUCUGUGUCUGGUUUUGUCCUUCCCGAGGUCGAGUUUCUGGUGUUGUUAAAGAGUACCGUGUACUUUGCUGACGACCACCGUUCCUUCAGAAGUAAGAUUGUGCAAACGACCAAGGUGGCGGGGCAACGCGCACGCGACGCACACGGCAAAGCAUUAUCUUUAAGGGUUCCUCCAGAAAGUUGUGUAAAUAAAAACCCAGAGUGGGCAGGGGGAGAAGGAAGGGGUGGUGAGACAAUAAAAAAGUAUAUCAGAGGGGGGACGUUACACGUGAAGGCGUCCACGAUUAUAAUGAGAGGGUUAGUUUUCUUCAUCUGUGGAAGGAACCGUCCCGUUGAGGACAGAGAAGGGUUUGACAAUCAGCUUGCCAGAUGGUGUUCACGUAUUUUCCUUUCGCAACAAGCAAAUACAUUUCUACUUGUGAAAAUUAAAUGCUACUCGUAUUGGGAAAGUCGCGCACGCACACAAGGACAAUUUCAAAUAAGGCCCAACAUUUCACACUUGUACAUUUUCAACGCGCUAAAGAAGGGCCUUUCGCCGCAACGGGAAAUGUGAUCUCAUUCGUGUCAAAUCAACGCAGGAAGUCUCCUUUGUAGAGUGCUGAAAGAUUCAUCAUUGCAGGCCACCGCGAACAACCAUCGCGCCGAACAGCGAGUGGCUGCUUCGUUCCGCUGAUGGGUCUAGUCUCGAUCUGAAGAGGACAAAAAGCUCUUCACGCCUCUUUGUUCACACUUUACGAUCCGUUAAGUUUUCCGCAAGCAUACUUAAUUUUACAGAUACGAAGGCGUUUGAACAAGUGGUGAUUUGAGUUUUUCAUUUGCUUUUAAAGGGUGAUGACUUGAUGUACCGUAAUUGUUUAUUGUUUGAAAGAUAAUGUGGUAGCUGGUAACGUUUAUUAAUUUAUAAAUGACCUCGUUGUGGUGUUACAAUUGUACAUAAGUGGUUGGUCCAGUCGCACUGCUUUGUUUUAAGAAGGUGCCACGUCUACACACAAUGUACAAAUCUUACUCAGUCAAACUGAGGCUAAUAUUCAUUCAGCUUGUUAGAGGGGGAACAAAAGAUGUACAUUUAUAAAUGUUUCUGGUUUUUGUAAGCACACUUAAAUUUAACUAAUUGAGGUAACAUUUUCGUAAUUGUCUUUGUAUGGGUCUGUCUGCUGGCGAUCAGUAUUUUAAAAAACAACGACGAAAAACUCAAAAAAAUGUGAAGUUAUUUUUAAGUGCAUGUAUGGAGUCUGUGUUCCGCAUGUCAGCAAAAAAUG